ACGUCCACCUUGCCACUAUCCGAGAAACGCUGUGCGUCUGGGCCUGAUCCAAAACCGAGCUCUGACUGCUCCUCUGCCUGUUCUGUCAGGCUCAGAGUGUCCACAGGACCAACCAACGGAAUGCCCAGAAAAGGCAGUGGCACAGACAUAGAUGAGGGUCUUUACUCCCGGCAGCUGUAUGUGCUGGGCCACGAGGCAAUGAAGCAUCUCCAGACAUCCACUGUGCUGGUGUCAGGACUUCGGGGCCUAGGCGUGGAGAUCGCCAAGAACAUCAUCCUUGGUGGUGUCAGAGCUGUCACCCUACAUGACCAGGGUGUUGCCCAGUGGGCUGACCUCUCCUCCCAGUUCUACCUGCAGGAGGAGGACAUCGGUAAAAACCGGGCUGAGGCAUCACAGCCCCGCCUUGCUGAGCUCAACAGCUAUGUGGCCGUCAGCACCUAUGCUGGGGCCCUCGUUGAGGACUUCCUCGGUGGUUUCCAGGUGGUGGUCCUUACCAACACUCCCUUGGAGGACCAGCUGCAGGUGGGUGAGUUCUGUCACAGCCAUGGAAUCAAGCUGGUGGUGGCAGACACGCGGGGCCUGUUUGGGCAGUUGUUCUGUGACUUUGGAGAGGAAAUGAUCCUCACAGAUUGCGAUGGGCAGCAGCCACUCAGUGCUGUGGUUUCUAUGGUUACCAAGGACAACCCCGGUGUUGUUACCUGCCUGGAUGAGGCCCGGCACGGAUUUGAGAGCGGCGACUUUGUCUCCUUCACGGAAGUCCAGGGCAUGAAUGAACUCAAUGGCACCUCCCCCAUAGAGAUCAAAGUCCUGGGUCCUUACACCUUUAGUAUCUGUGAUACCUCCAGCUUCUCUGACUACAUCCGUGGAGGCAUUGUCAGUCAGGUCAAAGUCCCCAAGAAGAUCAGCUUUAAAUCCUUGCUGGCCUCACUGGCAGAGCCAUACUUUGUGACAACAGACUAUACCAAGGCUUCUCGCCCUGCUCAGCUGCACGUUGGCUUCCAGGCCCUGCACCAGUUCUGUGCUCAGCAUGGCCGGCCGCCGCGGCCCCACAAUGAGGAGGAUGCAACAGAACUGGUGACCCUAGCACAGGCUGUGAAUGCCAGAGCGCAGCCAGCACUGCAGCAGGACAGCCUGGAUGAAGACCUCAUCCGGAAGCUGGCAUAUGUGGCUGCCGGUGAUCUGGCGCCCAUAAAUGCCUUCAUUGGGGGCCUGGCUGCCCAGGAGGUGUUGAAGGCCUGCUCAGGGAAGUUUACACCUGUUAUGCAGUGGCUGUACUUUGAUGCCCUUGAGUGUCUCCCUGAGGACACAAAGGCCCUCACAGAGGAGAAGUGCCUCCCGUGCCAGAACCGUUACGAUGGACAGGUGGCCGUAUUUGGCUCUGACCUGCAAGAGAAGCUAGGCAAGCAGAGAUACUUCUUGGUGGGUGCAGGGGCCAUUGGCUGUGAGCUGCUCAAGAACUUCGCCAUGAUUGGGCUAGGCUGUGGGGAGGGCGGGGCAGUCACCGUUACAGACAUGGACGUGAUUGAGAAGUCCAAUCUGAACCAACAGUUUUUGUUCCGGCCUUGGGAUAUCUCGAAAUUCAAGUCUGACACGGCUGCUGCAGCUGUGCAGCAGAUAAAUCCACACAUGCGUGUGAUGAGCCAUCAGAACCGUGUGGGCCCUGACACAGAACAUAUCUACGAUGACGACUUCUUCCAAAACCUGGAUGGGGUGGCCAAUGCCCUGGAUAACGUGGACGCCCGUGUAUACGUGGACCGCCGCUGUGUAUACUAUCGGAAGCCACUGCUGGAGUCAGGCACACUGGGCACCAAGGGCAGCGUGCAAGUGGUUGUCCCCUUCCUGACAGAGUCAUACAGAUCCAGCCAGGACCCUGCUGAGAAGUCCAUCCCCAUCUGCAGACUGAAAAACUUUCCCAAUGCCAUCGAGCACACCCUGCAGUGGGCUCGGGAUGAGUUUGAUGGCCUCUUCAAGCAGCCAGCAGAAAAUGUCAACCAGUACCUCACAGACUCCAAGUUUCUGGAACGGAUACUGCGGCUGGCAGACAACCAGCCCCUGGAGGUGCUGGAGGCUGUGCGGUGCAGCCUGGUGCUGCAGCGGCCACAGACCUGGGCUGACUGUGUGAUCUGGGCUUGUCACCACUGGCACACCCGGUACUCCAACAACAUCCAGCAACUGCUGCACAACUUUCCUCCCAACCAGCUUACAAGCUCAGGAGCCCCGUUCUGGUCUGGGCACAAACGCUGUCCACACCCACUCAUCUUUGAUGUCAACAAUCCCCUGCAUCUGGACUAUGUGAUGGCUGCUGCCAACCUGUUUGCUCAGACCUAUGGGCUGAUGGGCUCUCAGGACCGAGCUGCUGCGGCCAUACUCCUAAAGUCUGUUCAGGUCCCCAGCUUCACCCCCAGGUCUGACGUGAAGAUCCUUGUCUCUGACCAGGAGCUCCAGCACACCAGUGCCUCUGUUGAUGAUAGCCGCCUACAGGAGCUCAAGGCCAUGCUGCCCAGCCCAGAGAAGCUCCCUGGGUUCAGGAUGUACCCUCUCAACUUUAACAAGGAUGAUGACAGCAACUUGCAUAUGGAUUUCAUUGUGGCUGCAUCCAACCUCCGGGCAGAGAACUAUAACAUACCCCCUGCAGACCGGCAUAAGAGCAAGCUGAUUGCAGGGAAGAUCAUCCCAGCCAUCGCCACCACCACAGCAGCUACAGUUGGCCUUGUGUGCCUGGAGCUAUACAAGGUGGUGCAGGGACACCAGCAUCUUGAGUCCUAUAAGAACAGCUUCGUCAACUUGGCCCUGCCCUUCUUCAGCAUUUCUGAGCCCCUUGCCCCACCCCGUCACCAGUACCAUAACCAAGAGUGGACGUUGUGGGAUCGCUUUGAGGUACAGGGGUUGCAGCCUAAUGGUAAAGAGAUGACCCUCAAGCAGUUCCUCGACUACUUUAAGACAGAGCACAAGUUAGAGAUCACCAUGCUGUCCCAAGGUGUGUACAUGCUGUACUCCUUUUUCAUGCCAGCCACCAAGCUCAAGAAACGGUUGGAUCAGCCGAUGACAGAAAUCGUGAGCCGUGUGUCAAAGCGCAAGCUGGGCCACCAUGUGCGAGCCCUGCUGCUUGAGCUGUGCUGCAAAGAUGAGAGCGGCAAGGAUGCUGAGGUCCCCUCUGUACGAUACACCAUCUGCUGAGCCCCCUACACCCUGCUAGCCCAUCCAUGGUGUAUUUCCAGACCUUCUCCUUGAGCCCAGCCAGGCACCUGGCUGUU